AUGGCUGCCGCUGUUGAACAGCAACAGCCCUCUCGUCUUACUCCACCUUUGUCACCAUUGUCACCACCUCCUUCUUCGCCAGCCACCAUUCGAUCGCCUUCUCCGAUAGAGUUUGAUGCGUUUCCACUUGUUAAUGAAAACCCUCCUAUCAGAGCGUUAACUGCUUCGCAAUAUUAUCUCAUUCAUGAAACGUAUUAUACUACCCCAUUACCUAAUGAUUUGUUUCCGUGGCUGCAUGGCAUUGAUGGUACAAAUCCUAUGCAGAAUAGCUUCUUUGGCCUUAGAAUUCAAGAGGAGUGUCCAGUACCAAGACAUCGUGGUCUCACUGUAGUGCAAGCAGAAGAAAUGUUAAGAUCCAAACUUGUAGGUUCUGUUAUGCCAACUGAUAUAUUAGAUUAUGGAGAUCCUGAAGAUCCUGACAACAAUUAUUCUACAAGAAGCUUUUUAAAAAUAAUGGAUGCUGAAGGAAUUAAUUUAAGGAAUUUUAAGAUUCAAGUAGCGAAAUAUGCUACGAUUUCAGACAUUAUUGUAUAUGGAGAGAAUGGUUUGAACGAAAAUGUAUUAAAUAUCGCUAAACAAAUGGCAUGGGCACAACAGAAUUUUAGAGAAGAAAACCCAAAUAUGUUGGAAUAUGAAGUAUUCGUGAUAGUUGAGCCAUUUUCCUUAUUUGAAGAAGAAUAUCCGGAACUUGUCGCCGUCGAUAGUCAAGGCAUUAUACAUAAUAAAAUCGAUUUUUCGGAACAAGAAAGAGAGGAAAUGCGAAUACUCACUUCGGCUUCAGAAAUUUCAACGAAUGUUUGGUUGGGUAAUACACAAGAUGUUCCCGUCUCUAAUGGAUUGGACCCGUUAAAUCCAGCUGAUUCUGCCAUUUCAUUGAUUGAUGAUAACCCGCAUCAAUUCUAUGUCUGCAUAGAAUCACAUGAUAUUGCCGAAAUACCAGAUAAAGACACUCUUUGCUUCAUUACUGAGCAAUUGGCACAAACAUCUCAAUCAAGGAUACCUAUUGAUGAUAUUGUUCAUCUUGAUUGCAUAUCUACUGGUCUUGGAUUUAAUACUCCGGAUGUUUUUGAUUUUGCAAUCGCAAGAUUAUUAGAUCUCUGUGAAUUCAUUUCGGAUCAAGCAAAUAAUUUUGGUCACAAAAUUUUGAUUUAUUGCACGGAUGGUUACACAGAAACCUCCCUUUUUGCUCUCACGUAUCUCAUGUUACACGAAAAUUUGAGUCUUCCACAAGCGUAUUUAAAACUUCAAAAGAUUCGUAGUUUUUUUGUAUAUCCACAUGAUGUGGAUACAUUAACAAGAAUUGAGAAGUGUAUAUUUGAAAGAAAAGGGAUUAGUGAAGAUGAAACAUCAAGACAAGAGGAAUUUCCAUGGUUCUAUUCUAAUGUAUUUUUUGAAGGAAGUUUUCCGAGCCGAAUUUUACCAUUUUUAUAUUUGGGCAAUUUAAAUCAUGCUUGUAAUGCAAGUAUGUUAAAAUCUCUUGGAAUAACUCAUGUUUUAUCCGUUGGAGAAGAUUCCAGACUAGAUAAUAAGGAUUUUGAAGUACAAUACUUGAAUAAUUUAUUUGAUGAUGGAAUAGAUAGUCUUUGGAAUCAUUUAGAUUCUUGCGUUAAUUUUAUUGAAAGAGCUCGUAUUUUAAAUGGUAAAAUUCUUAUUCAUUGUCGUGUAGGAGUUUCUCGUUCCGCUACCAUCACAAUUGCAUAUAUCAUGCGACAUCUGGGUUAUUCCCUUAUUUCUUCUUACCUUUUUGUUCGUGCUAGACGUCUCAAUGUAAUAAUUCAACCUAAUCUUAAGUUUAUGUAUGAACUUUUACAAUAUGAACAAAAAUUAACUGGAAGGAUGGGAAUUAGCUGGCCAUUGUUAGCUAAAAAUAUUCACACUUUAAAUAUGUGCUAUGUUGGUUCUUGA